UUACAGCAGGACGUUGGAUUGUUCCUGGGUAUUUUUAUUAUAUCUGCCUGAAAUGAGAUUUUUGCUUUAAAACCGACGGACCAGAUUCGCCCCAAAAUGACGGUGGAUUUUGAAGACUGCCUGAAAGAUUCACCCCGGUUUAGGGCGAACAUUGAUGAAGUGGAGACAGAAGUGGUGGAGAUUGAAGCAAAGCUAGACAAGCUGGUGAAGUUAUGCAGUGGGAUGAUUGAAGCGGGGAAGGCGUAUGUCAACGCCAACAAGCUUUUUGUCACUGGCAUUCGAGACCUGUCUCAACAGUGCAAGAAGGAUGAAAUGAUUUCGGAAUGUCUGGAGAAGUGUGGAGAGAGUCUGCAGGAAAUAGUGAACUACCACAUGAUCCUGUUCGACCAGGCGCAGAGAUCUGUAAAGCAGCAGCUGUAUAAUUUUGUCAAAGAGGAUGUGCGGAAAUUUAAAGAGACGAAGAAGCACUUUGAUAAAGUAAGGGAGGACCUGGAGAUCGCUCAGGUGAAGAACGCUCAGGCACCCAGAAACAAACCGCACGAAGUGGAGGAGGCCACCGGCACCCUUAGCAUUACCCGCAAGUGUUACCGCCAUCUGGCCCUCGACUACAUACUGCAGAUCAACGUCCUUCAGGCCAAGAAGAAAUUUGAGAUCUUAGAUGCAAUGCUGUCGUUUAUGCGUGCCCAGUACUCACUCUUUCAGCAGGGAUAUCACUUGCUGGAUGAGAUCGAUCCAUAUAUGAAGAAGCUUGCUGCUGAGCUGGAUCAGCUGGUGAUUGAUUCAGCCAUGGAGAAGAGAGAUAUGGAGCACAAACAUGCAACAAUACAACAGCGGACUCUACUACAGGACUUUGCCUAUGAUGACCCAAAGGUGGAGUUUAACGUGGAUGCCCCUAAUGGAGUGGUGAUGGAAGGCUACCUGUUUAAAAGAGCCAGCAAUGCAUUUAAAACAUGGAACAGGCGGUGGUUCUCCAUCCAGAACAGCCAGCUGGUGUAUCAGAAGAAGCUGAAGGAUUCACUGACCGUAGUGGUCGAGGACCUGAGGCUGUGUUCUGUCAAACCCUGUGAGGACAUUGAGAGGAGGUUUUGUUUUGAAGUAGUGUCUCCUUCCAAAAGCUGCAUGCUGCAGGCUGAGUCAGAAAAGCUCCGACAGGCCUGGAUCCAAGCGGUGCAGGCCAGCAUCGCCUCGGCCUACAGAGAGAGUCCAGAUAACUACUACACUGAGCGUUUUGACCGAACGUCCUCCCCCUCCACCAGCAGCAUCGACUCGGCCAGCGAGCCACGCGAGCGCACUGUGAGGGUGGAGAACGUGCUGCAGAGGGUGCAGUGUGUACCUGGCAACGAUGUGUGCUGUGACUGUGGGCAGACUGACCCGCGCUGGGCCAGCAUUAACCUGGGCAUACUUCUCUGCAUUGAGUGCUCAGGCAUCCAUCGGAGUUUAGGGGUGCAUUGUUCCAAAGUCCGCUCCCUCACCUUGGACUCCUGGGAACCGGAGCUAGUGAAGUUGAUGUGUGAGCUGGGGAACAGUGUUAUUAACCACAUAUAUGAGGGCACAUGUGAGGAGCAGGGCAUGAAGAAACCAGGACCAGGCAGCGCGAGGCAGGAGAAGGAGACAUGGAUUCGAGCCAAAUACGUGGAGAAGAAAUUCUUAAAGAAAUUGGUAACUGUGGGCACACUGGUGAACGGUGAGAGGAAAUCAGAGCGACGCUGGGCAGCAAAGAAGUGUCGACGCCACAACAGUGCUACGACCAUCCCCAAACAUCGGCCGAAGUACAGAAAGGACCCUGGCUCUGCUUCUCUUUGCUCAGCCGCUGCUGCUUUGGAGAGAAAGUUCAAGCGAGAGUCACUUUUCUGUCCUGAUGAGCUGGACUCGCUCUUCUCUUACUUUGACACGGGUUCAGGACCUCGCAGCCUCAGCAGUGAUAGCGGUCUGGGUGGCAGCAGUGAUGGCAGCACUGAUGUUCUUCACUUAGGCUCUGUGGUGGACAGCGUCACUGAGGAAGAGUGUGAAGUGUCAGAGGACUCGAGUGGUGAAGCAGAGCUGGAGCCGGAGGUGUCGGACCCGGAGGAUGUACGUGAGCUGCACCCCGGCGCACUGCUCUAUAAAGCCUCCCAGGCUCGUAAUCUACCCGUCAUGGCUAAAGCACUUGCACAUGGAGCUGACGUCAACUCUGGCAACGAGGAGGACGAGGGCAAGAGUCCGCUCAUACAGGCUGUGAUCGGGGGUUCUUUGAUAGCCUGUGAGUUUCUGCUGCAAAAUGGUGCUGACGUCAACCAAAGAGAUGUAAGAGGAAGAGGCCCCCUGCACCAUGCCACAUAUUUAGGACACACAGGACAGGUGUGUUUGUUUCUGAAACGUGGAGCAACGCAGAACGACGGUGAUGAUGAGGGACAGGAUCCUCUCAGCAUAGCGGUGCAGACGGCUAACGCUGACAUCGUCACAUUACUGCGUCUGGCUCGGAUGAACGAAGAGAUGAGGGAAUCAGAGGGACCGUUCGGACAGCCAGGUGACACAACUUAUCUAGACAUCUUCCGUGAGUUUUCCCACAUGGCAUCUCACAACCCAGAAAAGCUGAAACGGAGGAGCAUUCACUUUCGCCACUCCUUCAGGUAA